AUGAAGAUUAAUUUACCUAAGCAGGAGGAUGUAUCAAAAUUUUGGAGUGAAGAAAGAGAGGAAGAUGCCAUUUAUAAUGUCUAUCUGAAAAAAGUCACCUACAAAAGUGCAUCAGAUUUGGAAUAUGAGCAGAGCCGUGAGUUUUCCCAUCUUAUGUGGGAAACACAUAAGGUGCGAGUUAUCAAGUCUGGGACUCUCAGCAAGUUGGUGGAAAGUCUGGUCACUGUUAAAGGAGAAAUGGAUUCCUGUUAUGUGAAUGUCUUCCUUGCAACAUACAGAACAUUUGCUACCACCCAAGAGGUGCUGAACUUGCUGAUUGAAAGAUAUAAGGUGCUCAAGUCCGAAGACAAAGACAAAAGAGAACUGCAUGAAGGCCAGCUUAAGACAAUCAAAUCUGUGAUCUCAGUGUGGCUUGAUACAUAUCCUGAAGAUUUCCGUGAAGAACCAGAUUAUCCAUGUCUUCAGAUGUUAGAGAAAUUUGCUCAAGAAUACAUGGAAGACAGGGAUCUGGUAUUCCGGGCAAAGCACAAGGAAGAACGGUUCAGAAAAGAAGCUCAACAAAUUCAGGAAAACAAAAUUGAAUUCCGAUUUUCAAUAUGCGAUGAAGUUGAUCACAUGAUUGAUUCAGAGUAUCAUAAACCACUUGACUUUUUUGAAAUCGAUAAUCAACGAUUUGCAGAACAGUUGACAUGUAAAGAUGCUCAAUUGUUCCGAAAAGUUGUCCAUCAUCAUUGCUUAGGAGCUGUAUGGGCAAGACGUGAUAGGAAAAGCGGUCGUGAGCCACCAACGAUUUUGGCUACAAUUGAACAGUUCAAUCGAGUGUCCUUAAGAGUUACAGCUACAAUUCUCAAACAAUCAGAGCGUAAGCCAGCCAGGGUGAGAGUAAUAACCAAAUGGAUAGAAAUAGCUCAGGAACUACGAGAUCUUAAGAAUUUCUCGUCUUUGAAGGCCAUUAUAUCUGGUCUUCAGGCUCAUCCAGUUUACCGACUACGCAAAACAUGGGCAGCUGUUCCAAAAGAAACCAUGGCACUUUUUGAGGAACUAUCUGAGUUGUGUUCUGAAGAAAACAAUCAAAUAGCUUCGCGAGAGUUGUUAAUGAAGGAAGCGACUGCCAAAUUUCCUGAUUUAGAAUGUGGCAAUAAAACUCUGAAGAAGAAAAAUAUGUUAAAGAGGCAGUCAUGGAUAGAUAAGGGAAUUAUUCAAGGCACAGUACCUUAUUUGGGCACCUUCUUAACAGACCUUACCAUGAUGGACACGGCAAUGCCAGACCUCACAGAAAAUAAUCAUAUCAACUUUGAAAAACGGCGGAAAGAGUUUGAGGUGCUAGCUCAGAUCAAACUCCUGCAAUUAGCUGCACAGAAUUAUCAGUUCAAAGAUGAUACUCAAUUUUGGAUGUGGUUUGAUGCAAUCCGAGUUUAUGAUGAAAAUGAAAGUCAUGAACUCUCCUGUCUUAUAGAACCACCGACAGAUGAAGUAAAAAUAAAAAAGAAAUCUGCUAGCUUAGGACACAGACCUUCAAAAUUGGAUGGCCCAAGGUUACCACAGUUUAUAUGUACUCAUGAUGAUGGCCUCAGUGUGACAAGUCUGUCUGAUUCUCCUGCCUCUGCAUCUACAGGCCCACUAAUUGGCUUGAGUCGCCUUAACACUGAUCAGGAGAAGAAGAUGUCAGUGAAAAGUGAAACCAUCAAGUACAGUGCAUGCCUCCCACUUGCUGUAUCACUACUGCCAACCAAGAUAGCCAAUGGAAAUGCAGCUUCGCAAAAUCCUGCUCUUACCAAGAUUUCUCAUUCAUCUUCUGCAUCCUCAUUACUGUCAUCUGAUAGUGACAUAACUUCACCAUAUCGUUUUCCCGAUUCCUGCAUUAUCAAAGUUAGUGUACAGACUGGAGAAAGCUGUGGAAGCCAUGUCUAUAAAAGUAUUAUGCUCAGUAAUACAGAUCAUACUCAUACUGUCAUCAAGAAAUCUUUGGAAAAAUACUCUAUUGAAGGCUCGCAUGAAGAUUAUACCUUGUCUCAGAUUCUUCCCGAUAGAGAACUCUUGAUACCCUCUAAAGCAAAUGUAUUUUAUGCUAUGAACAACAGCAAUACAAAUGAUGACUUGAACUUUGUUGUUCGUACUAAGUCUUGUCAGGAGGCAUUGACCAAAAAACGCAAAUCUCGGGGUAAAUUCAAGAAGCUGAGUUUGUAA